UCAGCUUUUCUAGGCUCCUGAAAGACACAUGGAUAGAUGAUGUAUAACGUAGAGAAGAGAAAGCUAUGUCGGGACCCAUAAGGAGACGUGGCUUUCUAUGGAGUGUCUUUUGCCCGUAUCUGGCCCUGAGACCAUGCCAUGCCUGACUGGCACACUGGCACCCAGGGGAGCGGAGCACUGCAGAUUGCGGUUUGUGCACAGGAUGUGGGCUCCGGCAGGUCAGGGGUUAAGGCUGCUAACUUUCACACAUGCUGCACUUUUUUUUUUGCACGUUUCCGCGUUGUCACAGUUUCCGCUCCCCCUUUUCUUCCCAAAAACACAAACCUCCUACCCCGCACACAGCAUGGAUGACCCGGAGAGCGGCGAGCAUCCCCCGGCACAGAGAUCCGCCCUCAGCGCCCUCAUCCCGGGCAAAGAGUUCCUGACAUCGCGGAAAGGACAACUGCUGCUGGCUGAAUGGGUGGUGUCAUUGAUCACCUUCAUAUGUUAUGUGGCAUCGACUGCUGUGGGGCUCAUGACUGUUCCCCUCAUAGAAUUCCUCUGGGCCCUCUUUACAUUCUUUGCUUACUCCACAAAACUAAAUGAACAGCUGAAGGGAAUUUUCUGGCCACUGCUGGACUUCAUCCGUUGUGUCUCUGCUGCCAUCAUUUACUUUGUGAUAUCACUGGUGGCUGUAUCCAAGUAUUCCUGUGGAGCAUCAAAAGCUGCUGCGGUGCUUGGAUUUAUUGCAACAAUUGUCUAUGCAUUUGACUUCUACAUUAUCUUUAAUGAUCUGGUCGAAUUCCUCAAGAAAGGAGAUUCUGCAGAUGCUGAACCUCAGCGACGGAAGUCAGAUGAUGAAGAUUCUUCAUCUACAGACUCUGAUUGAUGGGGCCCAGGAGCUGCACUCCCAAUGAGGAGAGGAGACCCUUUCCUUCCUGCCCCUGUGGUGAACACUGGAACCCACAGACAUGUGAUUAUUGUCCUAUUUCAGGGGAAGAGUUAAGGAAACUUUUUUGUAGAAAAAUCACAAUACCAUAAGGAUUAAUGAAGACAAGACCAGCAAGAAGAGUGUGAAUCUCCGUACUCCCCAAAGGAUGUGACACAGUAUAUGGACACUGAAUAUCUGAGGGGGCAGGGACACCUAUCAGCUGUACAGACAGGACAUUAGAUUGCACAAUGCCAUUUUAUUCCCUGUAACUUGAGAGCUCCAGUGCACUUUCACAUUCCCCCCCCCUUUUUUUUUAAUUUUAAGUGGAAGAAACUAUUGACAAUCAAUUACAUAAAAGUAAAGAAUAAAUAGUAAAAGGUGUAAUAGGAUUUAAUACUAGAACUGUGAUACAUAGUGAGUGGAAACUGUGUGCUUAGCAGAAAGUAUCAGAUUGAUGUUUAAACGAAGGUAAAGGUGCUUCCCCUGGUGGCAUUCAUUCUCCAUGUGAAGAUCAAGCUGUGGCACUUGGCAUAGAGCAUUGAUAAGUUGGCAGCACUACAGGGGAUUUUAUUGUGCUUACGGCUCUGUUGCACUGUAAGAAAGGAACUUCUGAAAACUACAAUGCAACAUGUACAGUGCAGCAGCAGGCAAAAGUAAUACCAGACAUGUGACUACACCCCAUGCCGUUCUGGAGUUAUCCGAGCGUACUCGCUAGCUUGAUCUAAAAACUGGAAUUGAUAGGUUUGGUUGCUGAGGUAACUGUCCAACACUCAGCAAGUAUGUUAUUCUAAAUGGUACAUGAUACUCCACAGCAACCAAAACAAAUAAUAAACUAGAGUGCUUCUUUAAAGGGGUAUUCCAGGAAAAACACUUUUUUAUAUAUAUAUAUCAACUGGCUCCAGAAAGUUAAACAAAUUUGUAAA